AUGUUCCUCGUCGCGGACGGCGACGCGGAGAAGAUCAAGGCCGCGCUCGCGAAGUUCGAUCCGGAGCACCUGGACGUCGACUUCGCGCGACAGACGUCGAAGGACAUCAAAGGGCCGUACUGCCGGACGUCGCCUCUCGUGCCGUUCGUUCGCAAGGCGCAUCUCAGCGUGCCGUGGAAGCGAGGCGUCGUGGACGACAUCACGGAGUUCUUGAACGCGCAAGGCGUGACGAUGACGGACUUCGACGAGUACAGAGCCGGGAAGGACGUGGACUUGCAGGGGUUCGCGCACCUGCCGACGGGUCUGGCGGAGUUUCCGCAAGUGAACGAGAGCGCGCUGCUCGCGAAGCUGGAAGCGAUGGGGGUGAGGGUGAUGGAGUUCGACAAGGUGCAGGGGCAGGACCCGCCCGCCGCGGGGGCGGCCGCGGCGACGGCGUGA